AUGUGGCUUGAGAUGAUAGUGAUGGCUAGGCAAGUAAUAGGUACUUGGAGACAGUUAGAUGACGAUGACGGUGAUGGUAGUGAUGAAGACGAUGGUAGUGUGGCGGUAACGACGACAACGGUGUUGUUCGAUGAUGAUGAUGGUGAUGAUGAGGAGGACGAUGACGACAACGACGACGGCGACACCGGCGACGAAGCUAAUAACAACAAAACAACAAAAGUGACGACAAGAAUUGUGUGUCUUCGCGCUCAACGUCUUUCUGCUGUCAAAAGAAGGCCAAAAAAAAGUCUUUGCGUCGUCGAGACGGUCACAAUAAUCACAUAUCGAUGGUGGCAAUCUGUAUCAAAUAAACAAUUAGCUAUCUCGAGGUGUCCGCUGUAG